GAAAGAAAGAAAAACGGAUACCCAUUUUGUUAUUCGUCAGCGUCUCUGAAGCUCUAGCGCUUUUCACCCAGCCGACAUACAACACAAGUUGUUUUUCUCUUCCCAUCUCCGUCGACGACGUCGCACACCAUCAACAACGCCCAAGUCGACCAUCAAACAACCACACAGCACGUCACUCACUUGAAGAACACAAAAAGGAUAGCAAUCAAUGGGUCGUUCUCGCAGCUCUUCCCGCGGCUCCGGCGGUUUCCGCCGCUCCUCGCCGCACACCGCAGCGCCACCACCGCCACCGCGACGAAGCGAGGUGACGAACGUCUACGUGCAACGCCCCAUGUACGGCGGUGGUGGUGGCUCCGGUAUGAUGGGCACCAUGGCCGCGGUCGCGGGUGGUAGCGUGCUCGGUCACGGCAUCAGCAACUACCUCUACGGCCACAACAAUCAGGCCCCUACGCAGCCCGCAGAAGCGCAGCAGCUGGCGCAGGCCGCCGCCCAGGAGAACAACGUCUGCACGCCGCAGCUGGUGGGGUACUCGAAGUGCAUGGAGGCGAAUCCCGAGUCGGCGGACAGCUGCAAGUGGGCGUGGGAUUACUUCCUGCAGUGCCAGCGUGACCAGACGCAACAGCAGUAG